UGUGAUUCACAGCAGCCGCAUGCGCAGUAAAGUAGCGGCGAAUUUGACUGGUGUGGAGCUCGGUUUGUACGUUUUCGAGCAUCUCUCGCUGCUGAUAUAUCUUACAUAUUAAUUAUAUUUAUAUUAUUGGACCGACUACAGUGUCCAGUGUCUUUAAGGAACCUUUUGUAGGUGGUGAGUGCUGUCUUAUAGUCCGCGCUGACUUCUUCAAGCACACGAACAAGAGGCCGGCGGAUCCACGGUCUGUAGUAUUUGCGGCGCCCGGUGGGCGAAGCGUCCGUUUCGCGCAGUUUCAGCGCUCAUCUCUUAGUAUAAAGAGCGCGAUGGAGGCACCCCCAGUCACUGUCAUGCCCGUCACCGGCGGGACCAUCAACAUGAUGGAGUACCUCCUGCAAGGAAGUGUCCUGGACCAAGCUCUAGACAGCUUACUGCACCGUCUGCGUGGCCUCUGUGACAACAUAGAGCCCGAGAGCUUUGCCGACUAUGAGUUGGUGUACCUGCUCAAAGGCCAGCAGGGCAACCCCUUCCUGCUGCGCGCCCGUCGUUCCAUGAUGCACCCCACUGCGCCCUGGCACCUGCGCUACCUGGGCCAGCCCGAGGUGGGCGACAAGAGCCGGCAUGCGCUGGUGCGCAACUGCGUGGACGUGGCCACCUCACACAGCUUGCCCGAAUUCCUCAACGAGAUGGGAUUCCGCCUCGAUCACGAGUUCGUCGCCAAGGGCCACAUCUUCCGCAAGGGGGCGCUGAAGGUGGUGGUGAGCAAGCUGUUCCGUGUGCUGGUGCCAGGGAACACGGAGAACACGGAGCCGCUGUCACUGUCCUACCUGGUGGAGCUGAGUGUGCUGGCGCCCGCCGGCCAGGACAACGUGUCGGAGGAGAUGCGCAACUUUGCUGAGCAGCUCAAGCCCUUGGUGCAUCUGGAGAAGAUCGACCCCAAGAGGCACAUGUAAUGCGGGCUAACUCAGAGGACCACUUCACAAAAUAAGAUUGUUUCUACGGAUGGACACUGUGGUUUUUUUUCUUGAGGUUUCAACCUCAGUGCUGAGGUUUGACCCUCUAUUCCCUUUUGACUCUUGUUCUGGAAGCGUCAACAUUUCUAUUAAAAUGCUUUCAUACUGCACCCUUGUGGUGUGAGGAACAAUAGCAUGUUAUACAUCUUUUGUGUUGUAGUUUGUUCUUUCUUUGACUGAAGCACCAUGAUUUCUGUCAGUAGUAGCAAGGUGAGGAUUUCCACCUUAAUAUGCUGUGCUGUAGUUCAUAGAGCAUGGGAAACAAACGCACCUGAAUUUGAGGCAGUAUAACAUUACAUAUAUACAGGUUUUCCAGCUAGUAAUUACCCCGUCUACUUUGUCAAUUAUUUACCUUCGUUUUGCCAUUUCACAUUUAAAGAGUAACAAGCUAGCCUAUGAAUGCCCUUGGUAUAAUUCAAUAUAAUGAUUUUAUGAGCUUUUUACAAACAUAUUAGUCAAGAACAAGUAGCAAACAUGGUCAUCUUCUGUUGCUAAUACUAGAAAGUAGCAUUUCCCAGUCCGGUCCUUGGGGACCGACAGAUGGUCCACAUUUUUGCUCCCUGCCAGACUCCUCAUUUCUGCUCAGGGAGCUGAGAGGGAGCAAAAACUUGGACUGUCUCUAGGCCCCCAAGGGCCAGAUUGGGAGACACCGCUGUAAAGGUUUGAAGCCAUGUGUGGGUCAGGCUAAUAAAAAGGUUCCAUUAA